AUGUCUACUUAUGAUGUCAAGGGCAAGUUCGCCGUCGUCACUGGUGGUGGCUCAGGCAUCAACCAUGCCUUCGUUCAAUUGCUGUUAGAAGCCGGUUGCUCGGUGGUCAUCGCCGACCUCAAGCUCACAGCCAAUGCCGAAGCCACGGUUCAGAAGUACUCGAAGGAGAAUGUCAGCUCAAACGGAGCCUACGCCGUCUUCCACAAGACAGACCUCGUCGACUGGAGCCAGAUCAACUCCUUGUGGGAGACGGCACUUAAAACAUUUCCUCAGGUCGAUAUCAUUUGCAACGGCGCCGGUCUCUACGAGCCUCCUUCCAGCUCCUUCUGGACCCUGCCCGGCGUCUCUCCCUUGGCAAAAGACGACGCCAACGCCAAGAUCGGGCAGUACCAGACCUUCAGCGUCAACGCCAUUGCCCCGAUCCGCUUGGCCCAAAUCGCGGUUGACUACUGGCUCCAGAACCGCCACAUCAAAGGCAAUAUGAUCUGGGUAGCCAGCAUAGGCGCGUACGUCCACUCGGUGCACACACCGAUGUACUUUGCCAGUAAGGCGGCUGCCAUCAGUAUGGUGAAGAGCCUUGGUCGGCUCCACAAAGAAGUCGGAAUCAGAGUCGCGGCCGUCUGCCCUGGAGCGACCUACACCGAGAUCUUCCAACCCGAGUACUGCCGUGACCGGAUUCGUCCCGAUGACCUGUCAAUGACACCGCAGCAACUUGCUAGCGUCAUGAUGCGUGUGCUCACAGAGCCAGAGUUUGGUGAUGGCAACAUCGUCGAGGCUAUGAUGCUGGGAAACAAGAACAAUUCGUCACUGGGAGUACGAGAAGUGCCCAUGCACCUGCUUUACCCGUCUUGUGGGGCUGGUGAGGACCACCAUCUAGUAGAGGAGGAAGAGAAGAUGGUGGUGAACCUCAAGGAGCACGGGAUGCGCGGCUAG